UGGUUGAUGGCUGUCGCAGUCGAGCCACUGCAAAUAAGGCCCACUCUUGCGGAAGUGUUUGGAAGGCGGAAGUCCUCUUCUCGGUGAGACUAGAAGGUUGCUGCCCGUCAGCAGUCCUCAACCAGCCAUACAGGAGAACAGGGGAACCAUUCUUGGCCUGUGGGAAUCCCACACUAGAAGCUGGUAGGCAGCCCGGAGAGCUCCCGGCUCCAACACACAGUUCCCUGUUCCGCCACGGAGGUGAACACCGGACUUCAUGUUUGGCACGCAGGCAGCGCUCCGGCUCUGUGGUUGUCCUUCUGAAAGACCAUGCUUGGAGCUCUGCUUCGGAGAAACAUGUCCCAGAAGCUCAGCGUGCUGCUGCUGCUCUUCGGCUUUGCCUGGGGCCUGAUGCUCAUGAGGUACACCUUUCAGCAGCCCCGGCCACAGAGCAGCGCCCAGCUACGGGAGCAGAUCCUGGAUCUCAGCAGGAAAUACGUCAAAGUGCUGACUGAGGAAAACCAGAAUGCAGACGGAUUGCACGGCACAUCCAUGGCUGGAUACGCCGACCUCCGCCGGACGAUCGCGGUCCUGCUGGACGACAUCCUGCAGCGCCUGGUGAGGCUGGAGGGCAAGGUGGACGUCGCGGCGAACGGCUCGGCCGCGAACGGGACCGGCGCCGUGACGGCCCCGCCCCUCCCCAGCGGGCCCGCGGAGAGGCCGGGCCGCGGCAGGUAGCUGGCUCAGGGGGCGUCUUCCACUGCGCCCCCCCCGGCUGUCCAUCACAGACGUUUCCGAGGGUGACUCUCGGCGUGGGAACCUGUCUCCUCUGGGGUUUAUUUGAGCAAAAUCGGAUUCUGUUAGCGAGCGCUAAGCAGAUCCACGGGAUCUGCGGUUUCUGCCCUGAGACAUUGACACACUUGCCUUUAUCACUUUAAUGCCCCUUUUCACCGCGGAAGACUUCGCCUGGCAGUCGUCGGCUUUCAUCAAGAUCGUGCGUGAUCCUGCUUCAGACAUCUACUUUACAAUGUACAGUAAGAGACGAGUUAAAACCCAAAGAAUGUAAUUAUUUGCACUAUAUAUGAAAGCUAGGCUGUUUUUAAUUUAAAAAAAAAACUGAUACAAACUUAAAAGCGCCGGAAUGCAAGCUUUAUCUAACUUUAAAAAAAAAAAAGAAAUGUACGGAGUGGUGUUGGUCAGGCAUUGUUAGUGCUUUUGAACUUGUAAACAUCCUGACGUGGAAAGUCAUCUAUAUUAAAAAAUCCUGUUUUAUAAAGACUGGAAAUCUCAGCCAAUUCUGACUGAUAAAGCCUUAAGGUCCUGACUAUCUCUGUCUAGCAGUCGCUAUGACGUGCUCAUUGUGUGCCUGAUAAUAAGUGUAGAAAUGCAAAAUGGAUGAUGUGGUGCUGGGGGCGGGGCGUCUCUGUGAGUCUGCACCCUUCUGCCAGGCUGCCAGGCGGGAGGCUUGCUUGCUUUCCAGCAGGUGUUGCCUCAUUUCGCAGCCAGCUGGAAACCAGAAACCCAGAACAGGUCGUGCGGCUUUGUCUGUGUGCGUGUGUCCAGGCUCACCGCCGGCCUGGGGCGUCGCACGCCUGCAGGAAUGAAACAGUCUCUCCUGUGCCAGUUGUACAUAUCGAUUACUCACCUGUGCGCUGCCUGUACUGCAUUAUUAACUUUAGCAUUCAAAUCAAGGCUAGGCCACGGUAGAAAGGGAGAUGCAGAUAUCCACUUUUUUUGUUAAAACAAUAUGAGAGCAUGCCUUAACAGGCUAUUUUCCUUGGGUCUCUGUGUUCUGAAGGUCAAAUUGUAAGGAGUGUGACAGUGGAUGUUUUGAGCAAUUUUUUGUCUCGGGUUACUGUAUUUGUGAAAAUACAUACCUAUGAAUGAA